AUGUUUCGGCUCGCGAGCGCUCUUCCAAGCUUCAGAGGAAGCAACAGCGGCACUGAUUGUCAUGCAAAGGCUUCAGCAGAAGAACAAGACCGGAUGCCACCACUGAACACAGACACUCCCGCAAGCACCAACCGAGAGACGACCCCUGUUCAAUGCAUUCCUCCCUGGGUGCGAGAACUGAACAACUCUCGGGUCACUAGGCACAGUCGGGCUUCUUCGAUCGUCUCGACACAGUCAAAGUUCACUACGACUACUCUGCAAGACGAUGCACGCAGCAUUGACAUCAACGUGGGCGGCCAGUUGUUCCGGAUCAGUCGAGAUGGCUCCAAAGUGACAGCUGAUGCUCCCCCACCGUAUAGCGGACCAGCAGAAGUAGUUCGAUUCCGGGGACAACGAUCAAACGAGGCUGGCCGCUUCGAUGAGGACGACGGGGAAGGGGAUGAGCCAGAAGAUGGCGCAGUCACGCCGAGAUCGACCUUUGUCACUCUUGACACAGACCGUGGAGUUCGAGCCAAUGUACUCGACCCGACAGAGUUUGAGAUGCCUUCACCGUUAGAGCACGAUAACGUCAGCCACCAAUCUUUUCCCGUUACACUUGUUCAGCCUCCACAAGCCCAGGCCAGGCGGGGAGCCUCGCUGGAAGGAACAUCGACCCUCCAACACGCGAUGCUAGAGUCAUCGUCUCCGAGAAGGACAAACGGCGUGCGGCUGCCUCGCCUCAUCACCUCAAGCGACAUUCCCAGGGCCACCCAUCGGCCUCGGCGUUCCCAGAAUGUUUGUUCCCCUGGGCAUCCACUCCAGGUUCGGUCCGCGGGCGCGAUCCUUGGUGAGCAGCCCGCCCGUCGUGAACCAACAUCGCCAGACUAUAUCGGACGAAACGCGCCUGGCGCCUUUCCGUUUCCCGUCAGAGCGGUCACGACUCAGCACGCAACCGCAAUCCGAAAUCGCUACCCAUCGAUCGAUAAGGCGAGCACGUCUGAGUCGGAUACUGCACGGGAGGAGAGCGGCACCCCGCUCGCGAUGGACGACGAGAACGACAUCAGUCUGCAUUACGCGCGUAUGAUACGCACAUUGGAUGCGGCCCAUCGGAAGGCGCUGCUUGUGAAGGACAAGCAAGUGGCCGAACUGCGGGAGAAGUUGAAUGAAAAGGACAUUGUGUUGAGACAGCAGCUCCGGGCAAAAGAUUUCAUCAUUGAUGAUCUGAAGAAGAGGCUCAGUAAUCUAGAGGACAAUGUCGAGAUCAUGUUGGAGAAGGCACGAUACCAGGUCGAGGACCUCUGGGAAGCUCGGUGGAAGGAUCGUGACUUUCACCUGCGAGAGAGGAUGAGGCGGAUGGAGGAGGACGCGUAA